AUAGCUGUGGAGAGGCGUAAAGUAAUCAGGUAAAGGAGACCAGAAAACAGCAAUGAUGUUAGAGCUUCAGGUUAAAACGGAUGUGAGCAUAUAUAAUUGUUGUUACAGUUUGGAUUUUUGUUAUUCUUCUGUCAUCUGCGCAGAUUAUGGACACUAAUUCUUCCACUCUGAGAGUUGGAGUUGUAGGAUAUGGACACCUAGGGAAGUUCCUGGUGGACAAACUCCUUGAAGCUGGAGCUGGUCUUGGUUUGGUUCUGGGCUUUGUCUGGAACCGGAAUCCCAACAAGCUCGUGGGUUCAGUCCCUGCUGAGCUGAUACUAGAAGACCUGUCGUCCUUCGCAAAGAGGCGCUGUGAUGUGAUUGUAGAGGUGUGUCAUCCACAGAUUGUGAGAGAUUUUGGACUCAAAUUUCUCUCUGAGGCUCACUUCAUGGUGGGCUCUCCGUCUUCCCUUUCUGAUCCUGAUCUGAACCAGAAACUGCGGCAGGCAUCUCUACAACAUGGCAGGACGCUUUAUGUCCCCAGUGGUGCAUUAUGGGGAGGCCAGGACAUCCAAAGAAUGAACGAUAGUGGGACAUUGAAGGCUUUGUUCAUAAGAAUGUCCAAGCAUCCGUCGUGCUUUCGACUGACAGGAGACGUCCUCAGUGACUGGACAGAAGGAGAGGGCAGGCGGGUUUUGUUCAGAGGCUCAGUGGCAGACCUGUGUCCUCUUGCUCCCAACAACGUCAACACCAUGGCGGCAGCAGCCGUGGCGGCAGGAAAGCUCGGCUUUACAGGUGUUCAGGGAGAGAUCGUGUCAGACACAGCGCUGAAAGACUUUCAUGUGGUGGAGGUGGAGGCGACGGGGCCUGAUGGGUUCUCAGUGCACACAGUGAGGAGGAAUCCAGCCAAACUCGGCGCCGUGACCGGCAGCGCAACAUACAACUCCUUCUGGAACAGCUUACUCAUUUGCAGAGGUCACGGCGGCAGAGUUUACUUGUGCUGACCCAGGGAGGAUUACCUGCAAUGUAGGAGGAAGAUCCCCGACCAAAGUCCAGAUAAAUUAAAGAGCUCAGGAUGGAUACGCUGCAUGUAUGGUUGGAUCUCUACAUUAGUGCGUUGCUUGGCUUCGUAAACUUGCCGACCUUUCAACGUGUCUCAUUGAACCGAAUGCUCGGAAUAAAACAAAAGACAGAAAUCAUGUGUAAAAUACUAACAUAUAGAGCUUUCAAUUUUAUUUUACUGGAGCAAACAAUAUAACUCAUACUGAGGAGAGACAGUGACGGGACACAUCUGGUAAAACCAACAUCCGACAUUCAUUUUGCUUCCCACACAGAGCGCAAUUCUUCUUCCCUUCUUUCCUCUUUUGUUGAACAAGAUAAGCUACCUCCACACAAGUGCAUAUGUUGUCAGGUAAAUGGAUGUGACAUGUGGCUGAUCAGUAUCCCUAAUUAUUAGAAAACUGAUACAAUAAGGCAAAAAAAAAAAAAAA